AUGUAUUCAAUUCCAAAUGUUUUAAACUCUUAUGGUGACAAUACUAUGAAUCUUCACGGUUCUGUUCCCAUCCAAAUGAACUCCAGCUUUGGAGAUCACGAGACUAAAAGGUUUCGGUCAAUGUUUACUUCUGACAUCACAAACCACCAUGGUGUGUUCUCUCCCUCUCAUGUUUCUAACAGUUACCAAGAUUCACAUGUCUAUUCAUCUUCUUUUGGUUACAAUAACCCACAUGCGGCUUAUCAGAUGAGAACAAACAUGGUCUCUGAUGUCGUUGAUUACUUUUCUAUUAACGAUAACCCGCAUCUUUCUCAAGUCUCUAUCACCCAAACUAUCACAAAAAGGUACUCUGCUAUAGUUCCUACUAGUAGCCUGAUUACUGCCCAAAAUGAAUAUGAACGUGCUAUGAAUCACAACAUUUCAAAUCCUUCCUUUUGCCCUCAAACUUUUGUUGACAAUCAUAGCACCUACCCUCAAACGUUUGUUGACAAUCAGAACAACAUCUUAAACCCUACACCUCUCAAUACCGUUUUUCCUAGGAAUCUAGACCAAUUUUCUUUUUCACCAAAGCACCACCAUGACCAACAUGUUCCCCAUCGUCGACCAGUGAUUAAACGUCGAAGAUUUGAAGAAAUUUUUGACGGUUUUGAUUUUGAGGAGAGCGGUGUAUACGAUGGUCGGACACAUAGCCUACCUUAUGAGAAAUACGGUCCAUAUACAUGUCCAAAAUGCAAUAAUGUGUUUGAUACUUCACAAAAGUUUGCAGCGCAUAUAUCUUCGGUUCACUACAAGAAUGAGACGGUCGAAGAAAAAGCAAAGAGAUACAACGCGAGGAACAAAAAAAGAUUUCGUAAGAUAGACCAAUCUCAGAUGAUCGAACCCGAAGAAAGAGUUUUCGAGGAAAACGGAGGCAAUAACAACAUUGCAAGUGGCAUCGAGGCUUCCCAACGACAGCUGGUUGUUAAAGAAGAACCUACUUAUGAUGUUGUUGAUUGA